AUGGCUAGCCUUGAUUUUACUCGCCUGAUGACUUCUGGCAACUUUUCGGAUCUAAAAUUGGUGUGCCAAGGCAAAGAGUUCAAGAUCCACAAACUGGUUGCCUGCUCUCAGUCGUCAGUCAUUGCGACAGCUCUCAAGGGAGACUUCAAGGAGGCACAGUCCGGAAUCAUCACCAUUGAGCAGUUCGACGCAGAGACAGUCCGGCGUAUGGUAGAAUACUUGUAUACGGGAGAUUACGAUCAAAUCAAAGCAAAGAGCAACGCUGCUACUUCUGUCGCUCUUACGACGCCCACCACUGCAGCUAGUACCGCAUCUAGUACUACGCCCAGUACUGCAGCCAGCAUCACGCCCAGUACCGCAUUCAGUACUACGCCUAGCACCACACCCAGUGGCGCAUCCAGUAUCGCACCGAGUAUCACGUCCAGCACAACUCCUGCUCUAUUAGUUACCAAUGGCACACUACAGCAUGUGCAGGUGAAUGCAAUUGCCGACUACUACGAAGUCCCAGGCCUUGCUCAGCUAGCAAAUCGAAAGAUCCAACAAACUUAUCUUGCCAGCUGGGAUCUCAAUGCCUUUGUCGCCUCAGCGAAAGCCGCUAUUAAUGACAGUGGCGAUAAGUCGCUGCACAAUAUGAUGGCGCUUUUCACAGCCCAAAAGCUGAAGGAACUACUCAGAUCUGGUCAGUUGCCUAGUUUAGUUGGCGACUUUGCUGCCUCAGUCCUGGCAUAUCAUGCUCAUCUGCUCGAAGCAUCCCAGCGAGAGCAGAGCCAAGCUGCUGUGCAACAACAGCAAGAGGCCCAACAGCAACAAGCCCAGGCCCACGUCGCCUUGCAACAGCAAUACAAUGACCUUCUAGUUGAGCGUCAGGCUGCAGAAGCAAGAGCUACACGCGUUAUUGAGAAUGUUGGCAAGCUCGUCAGUCUAUCAAACCACCAGGAAUGUUGUCGGAGUAUUAGUUGUGGAGAGGACUUUGGAAGCUACAUUGAGGCAACUGGGGACCCUGCUGAGCCGACGUAUAUUCUUCGGUGCUCUUGGUGUCACUGUAAGCAUACUACAAAUUAGAUGGGAGUGGAGACGUUUGUUGGACCGGGAUAUGGAGACGUUUGUGAAUGUAAUUCUACAGUAGCAUACUUGUUCGUCUUUGAUGACAUGCUUACCCGCCGGCGCUAGAGUCGAAUCACAUUUGACACUAUUAGGCAGCUGACGAAUAAAAACACCUAUGGCAAG